CAAGAAACAAAGAGUUUUAAUUUCAGAAUAAUGUUGUCUUUAUCAAUCAUUUUAGCUGUAUUGUGUGUUCCAUCUGUAUUCUCUGAUGAAUGCCAGUUCACCCAAGACUGCAAUGUGAAGUGUGAGGGACUUCAGGAUGCUAGCUGUGCCUGUAGGUUUGGAUCCUGCAUCACUGUUGGACAUUAUUGGUUUGGUGUAACCAGGACAAGGGACUGUGAGGAGUUCACAGACUGUGAUUGUAGUGAAACUCCAGAAACCUGUUUCUGUCGGGAAGGAAAAUGCAUUUCUGAUCCUGAGGAUAAAUGGGAAUGCCACAAUAGCACUGAUUGUUCUGUACUUGAGAAGUGCUCCGACAAAGAUUGCACAUGUAGAGGUAAUCUCUGUGAGUUUGAAUGCACAACUGUAGAAGAUUGCAUAAAGGGAGAUUUUCAUUGUUCAAGAAGUAUUGGGAGUGAGUGCGGGUGUGAGGAACAUCUUUGUACUCAUGUUGAUCGUCCCAAACAAUGUGAGGAAAUUUCUGACUGUGUUGAACUAGGAAAAUGCACUGGAGAUGCUCCCUGCUCUUGCGAUGAAAGUCAAUGCGUUGAUCCUUGGUAUGUAAAUCAAAGUUGGAGAGAAGAUUAUCCAACCAAGAACUGCAAAAAUGCCAAGGACUGCAACUAUUCAAUUGCCAACUGUCAGAAUGAUAAAUGUACAUGUGAGAACUUGGAGAAGGUUAAUAAGUACGAGUCCUGGGGGGAGUGCACACCUAUCUAAAGGGUUAUUGAGUUCAAGUUCUGUAGAGGAGAAUGGACUUCACUGAGGGAGGACACCUCCAGCCGCCAUGAGCCUAGGCAAUACAGACUUGCUACGCAGAAAAGAGCCUCCGCCAUACAGCACAGCUUUGUUUACAUCUUGGUUUUUAUGUGUAAUGAAGAAUUUUAACAAUUUUUUUGACACAGUGGCAUAAAAAUUUUACUAAAGAGUUGUUUAGUGAUGGUCAUGAUUAGAAACUUAUAUGGACUCAAAAAGUGGUUUAUAAGAUUUAUACUAAAAGUUAAAACAUUUCUUACACAGUAAAGAAGAUGUUUGGAGAAAUAUUUUUGGAGUACACAUGUGUGUAAUCUUUGAUCUAAGCAAUACCUUUUUUGAAAAAUUGCUAAGAUUUAAAUAAAUUAUCGAAAUUUUCUAGAUUUAAAAAAAAAUUACAAAAAAAGGUAUUGCUAAAAUCAAAGAUUAUAAAAGAUGAAGUUGAACUCAAAUCUUUUUCUCUAAAUAUGUCCUUCCAUCUAAAAAAUGUUUAAAGUUGACCAAUUUAUUAGUCUUAAUUAGGUUCUAUUAAUAAUGAUUGAUAAAUACUGAUCUUUGAGAAAUCUCUCAAUAGUAUUGUAAAAUCUUAUAUUUAAACUUUACAUGAGUUAAAAAAAAGUCUCCUGUAAAACGCAUGUACAUUUUGAUGUAUUGUGCACGCUCAUUACUGUAUAGCGAAGGCUCGUACUGCCUGGCAAAUCUGGGAAACUCUGAUGCUGGAUAGCGAAGGCUCAUGGCGUCCAGGGUUUCCCUCCCUUCUCCAAUACAUAGCUAGCGCUGAGUAUAUCUUAUUUGUCUUUAUUUGAUGUAUCUAAUUGUUAUAAAAUAAAUAUAUUAUUUCGA